CGUACAGCAGCCAGCCAAUGGCAGCCUCCCGCUCACAUGAAAACAAAACGAAAAUAAAUGGCGCCAUGAGAAUCAAGGAGGUGGUCGAUACACGCAGUUUGAUGUCAGGAUUUGUCGUUUAUUUGGGUAAUUUCUUCAUCAACAGCAGGAAUGAUGGACGCAUCAAACACGCUCCUCAAGAGGCUGUGUUCUCACGUCACAGGGAUUAACGACGAGCGGUUGGUGACACAUUUUCAACUGGCUGUGGGUCUGUUGAAUGAGGGCCCCUCAGGUCUUCCAGUGAAAGACCAUAAUGUUGUAGCAGACAAGAUAAAGCGACGACUGGGUCGAGAGAAGCGAUUAGAGGAUGCCGCCCGCUUCUCUGGCUUGAUGAACAAACUUCUAAAAUCGCUGUCAUUUACUUCAGAUGAUUGCUGUGCUGAAGUGAACAAGACCAGUAUUCUUUCUUUUUUCUUGGCAUUGAGUCAAGAUAAUGCCUCACACAGCGGUAUUCGCAUUGGUACCCAGUCAUCAACUAUCCAAGCACCACAUGAGAAUGGUCUUUGUAAUGGGCAUGGAGGUGAGGAGAUGUUCCCCAUGCCUAAACUACACCAAAACAUCCCUUCAGAGAAUGUUUGGCGGUGCUCCACCAAGUUGUAUCGUCCCUGGAUCAAGGGAGACUGUGUCACCCCACAGCUCCGGUAUUUCAUAAAAAUACUCCAUCUAAAGAAGCACUUAUUGGAAGUGACUGAAAAGGUGUUGAUUAGAGAGGUGCUCUUCAUCUUCCAAGGGAUUGAAGGAAAAAUUAUCAGAGCGGAUGCAAAUAAAGAUGGAUACAGAUUAGACCCAAAAGUUCGCUUAUCACAGAGCCAGAAGGAAGUAAUUCUCAAGCUAUCGGAUGUAGGUUGGUUAUACAACAAAGUACAACAUUUUUGUGAGUGGGGUGGAAGUAUAGCGGGGAAUGAGCGCAGUACUGACAGGACGGCAGCAGGACUUGUCAACCAGUCCCUGGUGUUGGCCUUGAGGGAGGAGCUCAGCGAGUACUGCAGACUAAUAGCCUUAUUGGAGGCUCAGAUUCAAGAAGGAGGAGACACACCAAUGGGAGAACUUUCAGGGGGUCUUACUCUACGCCGCUUAGUGAUGUGGACGUUGGAGCCCCGUGCACGAUUGCGGGCUCUUGCCCUCUUGACACACGCUGCCCGGGAAGUGUACGGUGGGGCGUGUGUGUCUCAGAUAUAUCAGCACAUGCACCAUGGUAACCCAGGUCAUAAGGCCGUUGUCCAUCACGUUCUCACCCUGGCCUGCACACCUAUUUAUGUUAUGCUCACUCAGUGGCUCCUAGAUGGUACACUGGAGGACCCUCAUCAUGAAUUCUUUAUUGCAUCAGACCCCACUGUGCCAGAUGAUAAACUGUGGCAGGACAAGUACUCUAUAAGAUGGUGCAUGCUACCAACAUUCAUAAACAAAUCUCAGGCGAAAAAAGUGUUAGCAUCUGGCAAAUCCCUCAAUUUCCUUCGCAAUGUGUGUCACUUUCGGGCAGCAAUAGCGGGCCGGGAUGCUAUAAAGACUUCACUACAACAGACCACAGUGGAGUCACUGUUCACACAAGAUGAGAACAGUCAGCUGGACCAGCUCGUAGGGUUAACAUUUAGAGAAACGUCUCGUCAUGUACUGGAGGAGAUUCUCACCAGACACAAGUUACUGGAUCACCUUAGAGCUCUGCGACGUUACCUGCUGCUUGGCCAGGGUGACUUCAUUCACUACCUCAUGGAAAUACUCAAUCCAGAGCUUGGUAAGCCAGCCACUAAUUUGUACCCACACAACCUGUCAUCCCUCUUGGAGACUGCAGUAGCUGCCAGCAACGCACAGUAUGAAGAACCUGAUAUUCUUAAGCGUCUUGAUGUGAGACUUUUGGAAAUCUCACCCGGUGACCUUGGAUGGGAUGUUUUUAGCCUUGACUAUCAUGUUGAUGGACCCAUAGGAACAGUGUUCACAGCUGAUUGCAUGCGGCAGUAUCUGAUGUUGUUCAAUGCACUGUGGAAGGACAAGAGAAUGGAGAUGAUACUCUCAGACAUCUGGAAGGAACAGGCUGCCACAUCUAAACUCUGUCGGGAUUUGCCUGAACUGGGUGUUGUUCUCCAUGGUGUUCAGUUACUGACAACUGAGAUGGUUCACCUGGUCCACCAGAUGGAAUAUUACAUGACGUUUGAGGUGCUAGAGUGCUCAUGGCAUGGCCUUAUGACCAAGCUCAAAACGGCACAGAGCCUGGAUGAUGUCAUAAUUGCACACAAUCAUUUCUUAAACAGAAUUGUUGCUGGGGCUCUCCUUGAUGCUGAUUCUAAGCAAGUUAGAACUCAUCUAAGAACAUUCUACAACUUGAUCCAGAAUCUCAGAGGUCUGCAGGAGAGAUUGUCAUCUGCUGUAUCAACAGAAGUUAAUGCACGACGAGAUGCUAUCGCUGUAAUUAAGGCAAGAACAGAGGCUGGUGACUUUGGGACCUCAGCAGAACAACAAGAAACUGAAAAGAAGAGAAGAAAAGACUUUAUAUCUAAGGUUGUUCCAAAAUUAAAAUCUGAUCUAAGAAUCAACACCCAAACAUAUCAGGACAUGGUUCAAUCUUUCCUACUAAUGUUAACGCAGCAUGAUGAUCAGAAUCUACACUUACUGAGUACACGACUUGACUUCAACGAAUACUACCACCGUCGUGACCACCGACUCAACCAGCGCUUAACGUACCACCACAAGCGGAAGAGUAUGGGAACAUCCUUCUGUCAGUAAUCUCACUUCAUUGUGAUUGUUGUUCAUCUUGCAUCUUGUACAUCUGGAUCCCACCACCACACGAGUCACCACAGAGGGAAGGAUGUGGUCACAUCCUUCCGUUGAUAAUUUCACUGCUGUGAUUGCUUUUUUGGAUGCAUCAUUUGGAUGAAUAUUUUUUCUCAGUGAAAUUUGCUGCACUCAUCAGUGGUUACAGAGUGUCUCCCAUAGUGUGUGUGGUGGCUCAACCAGGAGGGACCCACAGCUAAAGAUAAGCCUUUAUAGGGAGGUAGGUGAGGGAGGUUAUUAGAAAAAAGUUUUGUUAUGAAAUCCAGUUUUUUAAUUAUGAAUGAAGAAAUAUGGAGUGCUGAGUACAAACAUGGUUUCAUACCUAAAAUCCUGUCAUAUAAAGCUAGUUCCAUUUUUUUUUCAUUUUUAAUUGAUUCUCAGCAUAAGUACAGUAUAUUAUGUUUCAAAUAUUCUUUGGCUGCUUCCUGGACAACAGCACAACAAUUUAUUUUAGCAUGCUAGUUAACACGCACAAAAAAAAAUUAUAUUAGAAUUUUAUACAUUGCUUAACUGAAACUUGUGCUGCAAAAAUUUAAGGAUUAUUUUUGUGUGUGUUUUUUAUAUCCACAAACACAAAGUUUAAAUGAGCUGAUUGCACACACAUAAACAUAUGUAAAUAUGCACCACCAUAAAUGUACUUUUGCUAGUUUGUUUGGAUCUGCAUAUUCCUGGUAACAAACCGUUUACAAGGUCAAACUUUGAACAUUUUGCUGUUUUUUGUCACUACAUUAAUCUAGAUAUGCCGACAAGAUGAAAUGGCAAUGCAGUUUACUUGGAUUACCACAAAUUACAAUUUAUACUCUAUGCUUAUUUCAACAACUCCUUUGCUAAAAACCAAAACUAUGGUCCAAUACCUUCAUGUAUACCACCUCAACAGUGUGUUGAUUCCAAAAGUUUGGUUUGUGGUAAAGAACGGCUCAAUAUUUACAUUGUUUACAGCACAAAUAAACAAGCUUUCAUCGUAAGUUUAGUUUGCGAACAGGAUAACUUUCAUUCCAAGUGUGAGGAUUGGGAAUGAGGUGACGCAGCGUGUGCCAUAACUCAUGAUAUUCUCUUGCUACAACGUAUUUUAAUUUAAGACUGAGGUGAAUGAUAGGGUAAACAAAAGGUGUCUUGAUAUUUAUGAUACUUCAAUUAUUUUAGGGAGAUGCAUUAAUAUACUACACUGGGGAUUUUACUGAUGAAGGAUUGGGAAUAGAAGCCGUGCUACGUGAAAGCAUUUGUCCAGCAAACAAAUAUGACCUGUGGCAUCUUUACUGAAAGAGUGGUUGUGAGGUUUGAUAAUAAUUAAUGAAUUUAAAACUAUUAGUAUGCAUUGUUAAUAUCAAUUACCCUUGAUUCCUGCCAAAUUAUGUGGUUUGUUCCUUGGUGGCAAGUUUUGUUAACUUGGUUUGCAGUUUUAGGGGAAGAGCACAGUCAGCUGUGGACAAACAGUAGCAAGCCACUGGCAUAUCUGUUGUUAGACUUUGUGUACAAUAGGUUCUACAAUUUCCCUGUUUUUUAUUACUGGCAAAGUGGCUUAUCUGUUUUUUGAUGUCAUAAAUUUAUUGAAAUGUGUUUUGAAGGUUAUGCAUAAAUGUACACAUUUAAUGACUAUUUGUUUGUAACUUUAAAAUAAUAACACUGUUAGGUAUUAUUGCACCUGUCUUUCAGACCAUAAUGAUUAUCAUGGGCAUUGUGUGACUGAUAUAUCAUUCAGUAAAGGCCUUAAGUUUUAUACAUUCCUGUUGUAGUUGCUAGUGAAGGAUCAAAUAUCAACAUAUUGUAUUGCUUUUGUUUUACAUGUGUGCAAGUUGUGGAGGCCUGUAAAUAAAUUCUAUAAAUAUGCACAAGAACUAUAAUCAUCGUAAUGUUUAUGGAGUGAAUUUUUUUCUUCAAAAACUUAUAUUUUUGUCAUGUAUGUAUCAUACUUAAUUGCUUUGCUGUUUUGAAAUUGUCUUUGCUUUAUAUUUUGAUGUUCUUAUUAACAAUACAGUAUUCUAUAAAUAAAGUUGUUUUAACCAAGCACAAUGGAUGUACUUCAUUAUUAUCUCAAUGAAAAUGUUAAGGCCAACCCCCAGAAAAAGAUAGCAAGAAGCAACACUGCCUGUUAUUAAAAUAUUAUAUCUAUA